AUGGUAAUGUUCGAAAACGUGAUUGACGAUACGGAUGUAGUACAAAGAAACAUUUUGGUGAAUGUAUGCCGAAAGAUGGACUUGCUUAUCGAGGAUCUAGCAGUUGGAACACUUCAGCGAAAUGAUAUAAACCUAGAAGAUUUGAUGAAGAAUAACUCUGCGAUGGUUGUGGUUCGUUUCGCCGCUAAUUUGUGCGUUUCACAGAAAGAUGAGCUACCUCUUUCGUCAGUUGAUCGAUUAUCGGGCAGUGAUCGACUUCAAGCGUUAAGCGCUGGUGUUGUCUCAUCUAUCGUCAUGGGUCUUUACGCUGCACAACGGUCGCAGUCCGGAAUGGUGGGUUGA